GGUUUCCUUCUUCUGUUUCCUGGACGCAUGAGUGGUGGGGUUUCUUCACGCAGCUCUGUUUGCAGCUCGGGGCGUCAGUAGCAUUCAAGUCUCAGCAGGUCUCAAACAUUUACUCACAGUGUUGCACAAAGCACCGAGCACACAUCUCACAGGGAGUGUUUCUGAAGCAGGCCGGAGCGUAAACACGCUGUCUGGGGUGUUUUAUCCACAGCGUGCCUUCACAACAGCGAGCCAAGUCUCAUGUUACUCACAUUGUAGUCUUCUCACCUUUAAUUGUAGGCCUCCACUGAGACUCGGGAGUGGCUUUCGGUGACCUCAGGGUGCGCCCUGAGCCGCUCACACACUCCGCUGCUGCGCACUGAUCGAGGCAACGCGCAGAGGUGGAUCUGGAACAAUGGGUGUGUAGCGAGAGAGGAGACAAAACAACCCCUCAAGACCCUCAGCUGGACUCUUUCUGUCAUUUUCUGACAUAAUAAUCAUGACGAAGCGAGUCAGACCCGGAUAUUACCGCCAAGAAGUGAACAAAACAGCAUGGGAAGUACCGGAACGGUACCGGGACCUGAAGCAGGUGGGGACCGGAGCGUACGGGACGGUGUGGUAAGUGAAUCCCGGGAUACUGAAACAGCUGUUAGCACCGAUGGCUCUGUUGUGAGUGUGUGUGUGUGUGUGUGUGUGUUUGUUAGACAUUUAAACAAAAGGAGACACUGAACAGAUGGUGUCAUACAGAGGGCCAUGUGUGCCAGAACAAAAGAAAAGCUCUGUGCGCUUUAUUGAACACACACACAUGCACGCGCGCGCUGGGGCUUCACUUCCUGAUAGGAUGAAGACUUUCACACCUUCGGCUCACCUCAGCUCUCCUGUCAUCUUUUAUUCACUCGUAGUUCGGCGUAACAGACGCGUGGGUGCUUCAGGGUGACACGGUGCGUUCAGUCAACUUCACUCAGACACGACAAUGAAAAGCAGCUUUUGGGCACCUUUGUGCGCCUCCCAGCGUGCUGCGCUUUUGUUAUCAAUGAUUAACUGAGUGGGAGGAGACCAAACUGCUCUGACUGACUCAAAGAAACUUAAUAACACAUGAACGGACCAAAAAAAACACCAACUAACCGAGAAAUGAGGAGGAAUACGAGCUGGAGAUGGAACCGCCUGCUACAGACCAAAAAAAGCCAAUAGGAUAGUGUGUGUGUGUGUGUGUGUGUGUGUGUGUGUGUGUGUGUGUGUGUGUGUGUGUGUGUGUGUGUGUGUGUGUGUGUGUGGUUUUCAAACACAACAUCUCUUUACUUUAAAUAAGCUGCAGUGACCUGAUUAGCCCAAAUUUGAAUCUUAUUUUAAGAUACUAUGAGCCAAAAAUAAAGCUGGUGCUUCUGCAGAGCAAAAAUAGCAGCUGGAGCACUGAGUGAAAAUGUCCAUAAAGAUGCUGUUGAAAUAAGAUGUAAUUUAAUAGCCUGAAAGAAGCUGCAUUAGUAUAGGACAAAACCAUCUGGUCAUGUUUUCGUGUUAAACAUCUUGAUAAAGGAUAUUUAUUUUGACUUCUCAGGUUAAGGUGACUUGCAUUAUUUGACUUGAAAUGAGACAGAAAGACUUGUAAAGACUCAUUAUUGUCUGUAUUGUUAGUCUGGUGUCUCUCAUCUUUCUCUUGAUGAUACUUCAGAGAUCCUCUAUGAUGUUCAGGUCAGUCAAGCACAGUAAUAUCAGGGUUAGUAAACCACUUUCAGGGAGUUUUGGCGCCAUGGGCAGGUGCUAAGUCUCAGUCCCACUUGAGAAAGGAAAUCAGCAUCUCCCUGAAGCUUCUCAGCAGAUAAAGCAUUAAGGUCUCUAAAAUCUCCUGCUAGACUUUAGGCUGUGUUGACUCUGGACUUGAUAAGACACAGACUCUCUAGUCCAGCCUCAGUCCAGUCCUUGUGGAGCUCCUCCAAGUUCCUGGAUCUUUUUUGUUUGUCAGUCCUCUAAAGGCUGCUCUCACACCAAUUUCUUGGUUUCCUUUUCCUCCUUCAUUUUCCCCUCAGUCAACUUUCAGGAAUCUGCUUCAUAUAGACUCUGUGAACAGCAAGACUUUACCGCACAGGCCUUCAGGGGCUGACCCUGCUUGUGAGGGGGGUUUAUGAUGGUCUUCUGGACAACUGUCAGUCAGCAGUCUGCACCAGGAUUGUGGUUGUUGGUACUGAACCAGAGUGAGAGGAUAGAGACUCUGUAAACCUGUGAAGGUGUUCCCAGUUAACCAGCUGAUUAAAGCUGUUUACAGGACUGAAAGAACUGAUAAUAAACAGACUUUUCCACGGCACAUCUUUGAUUUUCAUGAGCUGUAGGCUGUGAUCAUAAUGAUUUAAACCAAAAUAUUUCAGUUGGUGUGUGAUGAAUCUGGAAUAACUGAAAAUAUUCAUUUCUGAUUCUCAAAUAGAAAAUGUCUUACUAAAUAUCCUAAACCAUUGACUUAAGACACUAUAAGUAAAGUAGUUUACCUAUUUUCCACAUUAAAGCAGCUGUGAGGAAUCAUCUGCUUGUGUUGAUUUUGGUGCCCCCUGUGGACAAAGAUGUAUAUCUUGUGUCUUUUCGAAAAAUAUCUCCUCUUGCUGUUUGUUUGUCAAAUAUACUGUUUCACUCCUGUCAAUCAGCCCCCUUUUAGUGUCAUUGACAGUGUCAUUUGCGUUUGUUUUGGGGUAUAAAUUGGCAUCAGUCUCCAUUUUUAACUUAUUUCAUAAACAUUAUUAAAACUCCUUAUUGGAGCUUUAAUAAUGUUUGUCUGAUAAUUCAUUUACUUCAUGUUUGAACAAGUCCAGGUGUUCCUUUAGUUACUGUUACAGCUAUUUAUUAUAUUGGCAAAUAUAAACAGUUAUAAGUGUUUCAUCCAAUCGGCACCACUGUCAUAAAAAUGGUGAAUUGAGCUCUUUAUUGUAUAUUUAUUGACCAAACACUUGUUCCACUGUGGGAGUUUUUAAUGCGUUAUAAAACCCAGAAAUGAACAGUUGCUGUUAGUUUUGCAUAAAUGUAUGUAAUCACAUCUAUAAAACUUAUUAAUGCAUCAGAAAGGAUGUGCAAAUGUACUUACAAUGCGUGACUGUAAAUGUUCCCACAAAAACCAGCUAAUAUUUCUCAUCCUACUGGCAGGUUGUUAACCUACUUUAAGCAAAUCAGGUCUUAUUUUGGCCUCAUAAAAUCCUGAAUCAAGAUGUUUAUCUAGAUGUGUCAAGCAAAAGUAGACUGACCGGUAUUUUAAGUCUCAGUAGACAUUUUUAUGUGAAACUAGACGAAGAACCUGCUCAGUUUUGAGUCUUUGCAGCCCGGCAUCAUCAGGGUUUUCUUAUUUUUUCAGUGAGGAUAAAAUAAAAAAAUCACAGCUAUUGUCUUUUCAUUAACACUUAAUAUGAACCCAACUCUUCUAAUGUAAUAUUAGCAUAAUUGGAAACCUUUAUUAAUACAUCUGUGAAGCUUUAUAACAGUGAGUGGUAAUAAGCAUUCUCAAUGUUUUUAAGUGUAAUAAUCAUUUAGUAUAGUGCUUUAUAAAGGUAUUGUUUCUGAUGCAUAAAAAUUAAUGCAAAAGAAAAAAAAACACUAUUAUGUAACUAAAAAUGUAUCAUUGCUGUGACGUAUUUUUGUCUAACUUUACUUACAGACACAAAUUACUGCUGAUCAGCUCUUAUAAACGUGUUAUAGGAUCAUGUUAUUGUUACAAAGUUCAUACAGGGCUGUCACUUUACUUAUAGCACCUAUAGUCAUGCUUCAGCAUGUUGUAAAUAUCAAUUAGAUAUUUUCACAAUUGAGAAGUAUAGAAAUUCAAACUCUUUUAAUGAUACACUGAGUGAGCUCUCUGUGAAAUUUUAUUGCUGGAUAAAGUUGUUGGAGUUAUAAUGUGUGCUAUGAAACCCAGGAUUUAAUAGGCGCUGUUGCUAGUUUUGCACGGAUGCUCAUUGUAACGUCUAAGGAUUGUUACACAAAGCCUUAAAAAUGCAUUUAUAAACGUGCUUAUGAUGCAUGAUCAUGAUAGUGGGUUCAUGCAAAGUGUUCCCAAAAUGAACUGUCCAGAAAUUACAACAAUCUUUUAAAGCUUCUGUGAGGAACCUUUGGCUUGUGUUGCCACUGGUGGACCCCCAAUGGACAAAGUGAUACUUCUUGUCAAUUAUCAAUCCAUUAUGAAUUAUGUUGCUGAUGGUCUUGUUGAUUUUCAAGGUCACAAAGGGACAUCAGUAUCAGUUCCAGUCUGUUAAUCAGUUAAAAAAUCUUUACUGUGCCUUUAAUCCAAGCACCAUUUCCCACCCUUCUGGCAGGUUUUUUUUCCCACUCACUCAGCAAUUCAGGUCGUACUGUGGUCUUGAUUUGUCUUAAAUUUAUUGGAUUUAUUUAUAAUUUGGUUUAUAAUUUCCUCCUCUGUCCUUCUUACAGAUCAGCUGAUGUUCUCUGCUCGAUAUUUAUUUGUCUCUCAUCUGCCCGUAUAUUUUGUCUCAUGGUCUCGUAUCUUUUGUCUGUCCUCAGCUCAGCGGUGGACGUUCGAUCAGGACACAAAGUGGCGAUCAAGAAGAUGUACAGACCCUUCCAGUCAGAGCUGUUUGCAAAGAGAGCUUUCAGAGAGCUGAAGCUGCUCAAACACAUGAAACAUGAAAAUGUGAGUCAGCAGAAAAAACUCCUUACUGUUUCUUUUAUUCAUGUAUUUUUAAUAACAUUUUUAACUUUGCUUUUUUAAAUUUUUGUCCUGCAUUUUGUUCCUCUUAUUCUUGUCAAAAUUACUAUGGCUGUGAUUGUCCAUCUGUCUGUCUGUCUGUCUGUCUGUCUGUCUGUUUGUCUCUUUUUGUUUGUCUUUUGUGUCUCUUGUUCUUUUGUCACAUGUCUAACUACUAAGGGUUAAAACUGUCUCUCUGUUGCAGGUGAUCGGCCUGUUAGACGUGUUUACUGCUGACCUCUCUGUGGACAUGUUCAAUGACUUGUAAGAGCACUUCAUAGACCUGACAAAGCUUGACUUUUUACUUUUUAUUAAGCGCAUCAUGAUCCUGUUAUUUCAGCAACACUUCAGACACAUAAAUUAAAAUCAAAUUUUCUUUAAAAAUUGUCAUCCUCAUGUUGUUUUUCCUCUCACCUGCAGUUACCUGGUGAUGCCGUUCAUGGGGACAGAUCUGGGGAAGCUGAUGAAGCUUCAGCGACUGUCAGAGGAAAAGAUUCAGUAUUUGGUUUAUCAGACGCUCAAAGGCCUAAAGGUAGAGAGCCGGCAGAAAUCAAACCACAUGAACAAUUUAACGCAUUAAUCAUGAAAUCUAAUGGUUUUUAAUGUUAUUCUGUUACAGUACAUUCAUUCUGCUGGGAUCAUUCACAGGGUAAGCUGGCUUUUCAUACUGUAUUCAUAAGAAGAAAGAGACUGACUCAUCAUCCAUCCAUGAUCUAAUUUCAAAGGGAGUUACUGCUUCUGUCAUUAAAGGCAUCCUCAUACACUCACUCUCAUUUAGUGGUGUAUUCAGGAGGGGGAUCAGAGUGCCUUAUUUAGUACCCCUAAAACAUUAUAAAACAGCGUCUUCUUUGCAUCUUUUGCUGAAGUAGUUUCUCUUCUAGUGUUAGACAUGGCAAAGUUUCCCUGGAUCAAAAACUUUAAAAGGUGUCUCAUGGAUAUCCUUCCAGUGGAUAUUACAUAAAACAAGUGCCAGCUCCAGUAGAUAUAACCUGAAGAGAAAGCCUUCUGGAUGUACAUUACAUGUUAACUGUAUACAAGAGUUGUUGGCACAUCCACCACUCAUUGUCACAGUUGUAAUUUUCCACUACACAAUAAUUGUAUCACCUCAUCGUUAAGCUUUUCAUGGAUAUCUAGCAUUAUCACAUUAUAAUGCAAUUUCAUCAGUAACGCAAUAAGUCUCCUUUUGGAGUUUACCUACAUGUUUUCCUCAAACUUCCGCUCAUUUUCCUGUCGCUUCAUCAUAAACUGAAUGUAAUUUUUCAUGUCAAAUCUGCAGGACCUAAAACCAGGAAACCUCGCUGUGAACCAGGACUGUGAGCUUAAAGUAAGAAAACAACCCAUCAUGUUUUCUCCUCUGAACAUGUUUCAUUCAUGGAUUAAAAAGGUUCAUCAGAAAACUUCAUGGUUAAAAUCCUUCAUGUAUGGACUGUCGACUUCCUCUGCCAGCUCUUUGUCCCCCUCAGGUCUCUGCCGCCUCGUUAGCAGAGCCGCUGGCUCGCUGUGAGCAGAUGUAGAUUUGUCUGUGCCUGACUCUGUUUCAUCUCCUGUUCUGUCAGAUCCUGGACUUCGGUCUGGCUCGGCAGGCGGACAGCGAGAUGACAGGAUACGUAGUGACUCGCUGGUACAGAGCCCCCGAGGUCAUCCUGAGCUGGAUGCGCUACACUCAGACCGGUACUGAAGAGCUAAUUAAAGGAAAAACCCGCUCUUAUGUGGUCAUCUUUCAUCUUUGUGUCAUGUCGGCUGCUCCCCAUUAGCACCAAGCCCUCCUUUUACUCUGUGAUCCAGCAUGAAUUAGAUGUCUUAAUGUACUCACUCGCCCCGACUCAGAAUUUCUGCGCCGGCUUGUGAUCACUACAUGUCCCAGAAUGACCUUUAAACCCACAGCUUCUCUCCUCUUUAACAAGACUCCCUACAAACGCCUGGUGGAUGUUUUUCUCAUCCAGCAGUUGGUGGAGUUUAGCUCCUUUAAUUGAGGAUUACUGGAGUAUAACAGUACAACGCAGCUUGAAACUGCAGCUGAAGAAAAAACACUGAAUCUUCAUUAAAAAUAACACUUAAAGGAAUAGUUUGGCUUUAUUAAACUUUGGCUGUAUUGGUAGUAGUAUAUUAUCCACAGGGGAACCUGACCUAGCUCGACCCCUUUAAUGAGAAACAGUCUCCAACAGAGACUAGACUAUCACGUCAAAGGGACUCAAAAGCAUCUAUUUUCCCCCUAAGGCAUAAGAUAUGAUACUUAUAUUCAUCCACCAGGUGAUGAUCUUUGUACAUCUGUCAGGGAAUAACACUCCUCAACAGCCUUUCAUCACAUCUUUACAUAUUAACUGCUCUGAAAGUUUACAACUCUUUACAGAGAGUCUGAAGUUUGACCUUUUUCUGUGUUUUUCUGCUUCUUCCUCCUCAGUGGAUAUCUGGUCAGUGGGCUGCAUCAUGGCGGAGAUGCUGCAAGCAAAACCUCUUUUUAAAGGCAGUGACCGUAUCCUUUAUUAGAACUGUUUAUACUUAGCUGAAUGGUAUAAAAGUUUAUGAGCGCAGAUUUAUAAAACACCAAUUACAUCCAUAGUGGAGACUAUAUAGGCUGAGUUAAUCACGGUUAUCGCUGCUGCUGCAGCAGUUCAGUGGUAAUGUUUAGAGAGUGUUUUAUGAUGUGGGACACAUUAAUAAGAUUAAAAACCUUUGUUUGUGGAGCAUCAUUCAAAGUCCAUGUUACAGAAUGGUUCGCAUGUACAGCAGGAUAUAACAGACAGCUAAAGUGAAGUUUAUAAUGAACUUGGGUUAAAGCUGAGAGGCAGAAGACAAACAGCUGUCAGAUUACUAUAAAUGACUAAAGGGUUGUCAGUGGACACUAAAUCCAAAUGUACAAAGACAUGUUGGCUUUACAUCUUAAAGGGAAGUAAUCUGACUGAGAUAUGAGGUGAAACCAGCAGAAAUAGCUGUUCAUACGAGUGUCUGUCUACUGUUGCUCCACCUAUCCUUCGACUCUCUCCCUUUAAAAGCCAGACUGAGUUUCCCUAAGUGAUAGAGACAUAGUUUUAUAUUAACUAAAGCUGUUUUUUUAUGGGAGGAAAUAAUACAUACUCAGCAAAAAAUCAAAGCAUUGUUUACUUUAAGUAUUUACAUCUAUAUGAUUUUAUCUGAAUUAUUUUUUUUUUUUAUUCAUUCAAAUUUAUUAAAAUCAGCAUAAAUCUGUUAAUUGUGAUAACAAUUCAAUAAUCUGUUAAAAUGUAUAAAUAUGGUUAAAAUAUGAGGAGCUAUAGAUCCGCCAAGAUUAGUUUUGUUAAAAUUUAUAAGACAGACACAAAUUGUAGUUAUCAAUAAUGAAUAUAUAAAUGUUCAUUAUUGAUUCUAAACACACUGGGUUUAUUGGUAUUAUUACAUAAAUCUAAAUCUUAAUUGUUUAUAAAGUUUAUUGGCCUGUUUAUGUUAAAUUUAAGGAAUUCAAAUAGUUGGUGAUUUUGCAUGCAAUGAGGCCUAAAUAUUUCUGUGAGUGCAAAUAGUGAAAAGCUGAAAUUUUAGACUUAAUUUUAAUUGAAAGUUUGCAGGUUUUUUAAGAAUCCACCUGUCAGACACUGUCAAGUUACUGACAGAUGGUGUUCAGACCUGUGAGUAGAGAGACAAAGUUUGUAAUAUCCAGUAAAUAACUUGAGGUGGACUAAAUGAACCACUGUCAGCUAAGGCUUUUUAACAGUGGAAACAUGCACAUCCUGCUAAAAAACAGGUUCGUAGUUUUGUUUUGAUACGCAUUGUGGAGGUGUGACUGAAAUGAAGCCACAGUCACAGUAAAUAAAUCCGGCAGGAAGGCAACAAUGAAAUGCAAACAGAAAAAAGACUGUUUUUUAAUUUCUUGUUCAUUUUGAUAUAAACGUCAAUCUUAUUGUCUAUCCAGGCUUAUCUCUGCUGGCUCGGUGCUCUCAGAGACCCCAGCAGCAUUUCUUGUGUGUGAACAUAUUUUUGUGUCCGAUCUUACUGCUCUUGCUGCUUAACCUUUGCGAAACAAAAAAAAAACAAAACAAAAAAGGACAUAAGCACUUAUGCUGUUUUCAAGACCAGAAAAGUGUGAUCAGAUUCCAAAUGAAUGAAAACUGUAAAGCGUUUACAUCUAUCCGUUUUAAUCCUGUGAAAAACUGUUUGCACCUUUCUUUUGCAAAUUUCACGUAGACUAUCAGCAGACAUUACACACAGUCAGUGAGGGUUUUCUGUGCAGACUGGGGCUGCAGAAUUCGAGUUUUUAGACAGUCUUAUACAGGUUGGACCCUCUGCAAAGGCAUGCAAACUAUCAGAGUCACACUUUCUUUUGACUUUUUUUGCAGAUGUUGUUGGACACAUUAUUAUUGCACUGAUUUGUUGCUUGAUAUUGCAUAUUGUUAUUGCACAGUAUCAUUGUAAGGGCAAGGUGCAACGAUAGCAUUGUGCAAUAUCAGUAUCAAGGUUUUUUUUCACAUCACCCUCUUGAAGGAUCUUGCUUGUGGGAUUUUGGUUAGACCCUUGACCCCUGCUCCUCAGAUCUGGAUCAGCUCUCAGAGAUCAUGAAGAUCACAGGAACGCCAUCUCAGGAUUUUAUAUCAAAACUAGAAUCUGAAGACGUGAGUUCAGAUCAGAGCUUAUAGGUUUAAGAUCAGGUUUUGCUUUUGCAUCUUAAAUCUCACAAUUCAAGGAUUUAAGAACAGUUUGAAGACCUAUAAACACACCGUUCUGUGAGUGUAAAAGUGAUCUAUGAAUGUCUCGUCUCAGGCCAAAAGCUACAUCAGAAGUCUUCCUAAAGUGGAGAAGAAAGACCUCCUGAAGAUGUUUUCUUCAGCUAAUCCUCAAGGUGGGACCUGCUCAGGCUCUCAGUUUGAUCUGUUUACAGUCUGAAACACAAACAAUCUAACAAUCCCUAAAUUUGUCUCUUUUCUUUACAGCUGUGUCUGUGCUGGAGCGCAUGUUACUGCUGGAUCCGGAGGAGAGGGUGACGGCUGCAGAGGCCCUAAAGCUGCCUUACUUCACAGACUUCAGAGAACCAGAGGAGGAGACGGAGGCUCAGCUGUACGACCACACCAUCGACAACACAGACAUGCCGCUCAGUCAGUGGAAACGUAAGGAUUUACUUCUUUUUUUUUGAUUAACCAUGGAAGGAAAAACAUGAAAAACCUCUUUUUAAAGUGUGUCCUGGUUAAGACAGGCAGCAGCAAGGUUUAACAAGGUUCAAGACAAACAAUGAGCAACUUUUUACAAAGUUAAAACAAGAGACAUGAUCCCAGUUUGCUCAAAAGACUAAAUUAAAACAUGCAAAUAUUUGUGAAAACUGACCAGAUUUAUUUAUCAAGAUUCUGCAGCUGGCUGUGUCAUUCAAACUCACUCGAGACACCUGGGAAAUCAACCAAAAUGGAUUCCAGCCACUUGCAGCAUUUACUUGUUUGUCUCACUAUCUUCUCCAUCUGAAGGUCUAAUUCACUAACCACACGAACGACAUUUAACUACAAACACAGCUCUUGCAUCUGGGUUGUAGAAACAAGUAGUCAGCAUUCCCACUUAAACUGAUAGAGCUUAAGGGCCUGUUUCCACUGAUUGCAUUUUCUGCACCAGCAGCAGCAGCUGUUUUUCUAAGCAAACUAAUGCAAACCAAUGCAGUUCAGUGUGCACACUGGAUCAGCAGGUUUUUUUUGUCCCUUUAGUCACAGUUUUUGAAACAUUUCUGCCCUCAUCUGUCCCGUCUCCAUCACUGACUAAUCAAUAUCAAAAUAGAUAAAACUUUAUUAAGGCGCCUGUGUGAGUCCAGCCAAAACACAUUUAUGGGCAUGCUUGUACUCUUCUUCUGUCUUGUCUUUAGUGCAUUUCCAUAAAUAUAGAUAGAUAGAUAGAUAGAUAGAUAGAUAGAUAGAUAGAUAGAUAGAUAGAUAGAUAGAUAGAUAGAUAGAUAGAUAGAGAGAGAGAGAGAGAGAGAGUAAUAUUAGUAGGUCAUUUAGAUACAUGCAAAUAAUACUGGCAUUUAGAGAUGCUACAUUUUGCACUUGGUAAACCCUUUAGAGGUUCUGCAAAGAUAAAGAUAAUAAUAUUACUCUCACUAUGGUUCUUAUAUUGUAGUAUUUGCUCUGUUUUAAGACAUUUCAACUCUUUUCGGGGCUCCAUUUGUUAAAUGUUGUCUUUACUGAAUCAGGUCAACAGUCUACGAAGUAUAAACCCUUCUUCACAAAAAAGACAUCACCAGAUGUAUCAGUCAGGAGUCGAUUGUGCAACACAAACCCACUCUCUCUCUCAGCUUUAAUCUCUUAACUAACUGCUGAAUGUGAGAUGUAACGGAGAAGGAUUCAUCGAUUCAGACACAAAGAUAUCUUUAGGAUGCAGGAAGGAGCAGCUCUGAUAAAAAAAAAAAGAUCAGUCACAGAUAGAGGAUGUGGUGUGAGGAGGAUGGAGGUCGAAGGUGUAAGAUGAUCUGAGGUGCUUUAUUGAUCCAUGUCUCUCCCCUCUGCCUCUUUCUUCAGGUCAUACCUUUACAGAGAUUUUGACCUUCAAACCCGUCGUGCCUGAAUCAAAAGAGACCUCACUGUGAGACACAAAGAGACCGCUGUGCAGAACAAGGACUGGGAUAAACCUACAUGUAUUUAGAUAUCAAUGCCAAAACUCUUCUAUCACGCAUCCUUUGACAGGAAUCAGAUCUGAUCCACACAUCCUCAAAAGGUGUAAACUUCUGGAUCAACCUUCAUGCAGCGGCUUGGUUUGGCAGCUGCCUUUGAUUAGCGAGGAAACAUGGGUCAUUUUAGUGUAGAUAUCCAUCCAGAUCCAGGUUUUUAAGAGUUUAAAUGGUACAAAUGUUGUAAUGGAGUUCAUCCAAACCUGCUGGAACGAGACAGAUCUGUCUUUAAAAGGUUUGAUUUUCACCUAUACAAACAGGUUUUAAUCAAACUGGUCGGAUCUUAUUAGUGCAUCGGUCUAAAUUAGAGGUAGUAGAUGCAGGACUGUGCAUCAUGGUGCGAACUAAACUCAGUGUGAGAAAUCAGAGACACUGAGUGAUUAUUUCUGCUGGACUGUUUUUUUGUAAAGUAGCUUUAAGCAAUGAGACAGUUUGUCUCUGGAUGACGUGGUUGGAUUCAUGUAUCAUGCUUGUGUGUGUAUGUGUUUGUGUAUGUGUGUGUGUGUGUGUGUGUGUGUGUAGUCUACAUGUCUGCUCUGACCUUGUCAUUCCUCUCAGUGGCCUUAAGAUGACAACACAACACAAACCCUGCUAAGCUGCAAAAAAAAAAAAAGUUAAUUUGAAACAAAAACAGAAAAUAUCUCACUGAUUUUUUUAGACACUAAGUUGUAGAAAACACACUGUUUAUUUGUGAAUGAAUGUUUGAUUAUCACUCGAGUGUUUUUGUCAUUAAAAAUUCACUUUGAAAUCAUGCAUAAUUCA